CUACCUCGCAUCGCAUCCUCCCCGUCGCGCCGCCACCACAACCCUAGCUCCUCCCACGCCCUUCCCCGGCGGUAUCGACGAUGGCGGCGGCAGGCGGCGGCGGCGCCCCGCGGGCGCUCUCGCAGCAGGAGAAGGACGUCCAGAUGAUGCUCGCCGCGGACGUGCACCUCGGCACGAAGAACUGCGACUUCCAGAUGGAGCGCUACGUCUUCAAGCGCCGAUCCGACGGCAUUUACAUCAUCAACCUCGGGAAAACAUGGGAGAAGCUUUAUCUGGCUGCCAGAGUGAUUGUUGCAAUCGAGAACCCGCAGGACAUCAUCGUGCAGUCUGCUAGGCCCUAUGGACAGAGGGCUGUCCUCAAGUUUGCACAGUACACUGGUGCUCACGCCAUUGCUGGCAGGCACACCCCUGGCACCUUCACCAAUCAACUGCAAACCUCAUUCAGCGAGCCACGCCUUCUCAUCCUCACUGACCCCAGGACGGACCAUCAGCCAAUCAAGGAGUCUGCUCUUGGAAACAUCCCUACUAUUGCAUUCUGUGACACUGAUUCUCCCAUGCGCUAUGUCGACAUUGGCAUUCCUGCCAACAACAAGGGAAAGCAGAGCAUUGGUUGCCUCUUCUGGCUGCUUGCUAGGAUGGUUCUUCAGAUGCGUGGCACAAUUCUCCCUGGGCACAAGUGGGAAGUCAUGGUUGAUCUUUUCUUCUAUAGAGAUCCAGAGGAAGCAAAGGAUCAAGAGGAAGAGGAGGCUGCUGUAGGUCCUGAAUAUGCUGCAGUUGAGUACACUGCUGCCCCAACUGACAAUUGGGGUGACCAGCAAUGGGGUGGAGAGGUUCAGCCUCCUGCCGCACCUGUUGCACCAGCCGGGGAAUGGGGUGCUGCUCCAGCACCCGUGGCUGCAGAAGGAUGGGAUGCAGCGGCUGCACCUCCUCCUUCCGCUGCACCUCCUGCUCCUGCUGCCCCUGGUUGGGAGGAAGGCAGUGUUCCAGCCCCUACUGGCUGGUAGGGUUUUAUAUGCGUAUCAUCGUUCAUCAACUACCAAGGAAAACCGAGUUACUUAACAUUAUGUAAUGUAUUUGGUGGAUCUGUUUAAGUCGCUCCAUGUUAAAAGUACUGCUUAUAAUGUUAAGUGCGAAUCAAUUUUGAAUGCUGAUGCAUCUAGGCACUUCUUUCUUGUCAACACUUUUUGCCUGUCAACUUCUUUCAUGUCAACGCUCAUGGAUAACAUUGCUUCAAGGUCAUUUUGUGAUCAAA